AUGUUUUUGCAACUUCUGACUGAAUUCAUGGGAUAUAUUUUAGGUAAAUCAUGGAAAGCUCUCACUCCUUCACAGAAGAGGCCUUUUGUAGAAGAAGCUGAAAGAUUACGAGUCCAGCAUAUGCAAGAUCAUCCCAAUUACAAAUACAGGCCUCGGAGGAAAAAACAGAUCAAACGUCUCUGCAAACGUGUAGAUCCAAGCUUCCUGCUCACCAGCUUCCCCCAUGAUCAGCCUCCUGUCCGCAGUGGAAGAAUGUGCAGGGGACCUCUGGAGGAGGAAGAGGAUAAAGGCUAUCCACCAGCCUCAAGACUUCCUGCAAUCAGCAGAUUCAGGGAAACACAGACAACAAACAACAGCUUGGACAAUUAUGGGCUACCCACUCCUGAGAUGUCCCCUUUAGAUGUGAUUGAUGCUGAUCACAGUUUCUUUCCACCUCAGUGUACAGAAGAUUCUCCUCCUCAGAUGAAUGGAGUAAUGUAUCAUUCAGACUACAGACAAAGCCCUAUCCAAUGUGGACACCUCAGUCAGAUUUCAGUUCCACAGAAUAGAUCUACCAUGAUGCACUCUGCAGCCAGCCAACCUCCACCGCCUUCUUAUUAUAACCAGAUCCAGCAGUCUGCUCCCCAGUCCAUGAACUUGAGCACAUCAGUUCAUCUUUCUCCUCCCCAUGACCACCAUCACCUAGAUAAUCUGGAACAUAUCACCCAAGCUGAGCUUUUAGGAGAAGUGGACCGAAAUGAGUUUGAUCAGUAUUUGAACACCUCUAGUCAUCUAAAUCAAGCAGGAAUUAAUUCACAUCUACCUGACAUCUGUUCACCAGGAGGCACAAAUUCAGAGAGGAGCCUUAUAUCUGUAUUAGCGGAUGCUACUGCAGCCUAUUACAAUAGCUACAGUAGCUCCUAGAGCAAACAAAUAGACGUGUACUUUUUUAAAAAUAACAACAGUAUUAUUUACAAAUAUCUCUGGGCAUGAAAAUAUCCUCAGGGUAGUAAAAUACAGUCGUCAUGCUUUUUCAUAAAUGAUGACCAGCAUAUUUAUAUUGGCUUGAAGUAAUUGUUGCAACACUUGUAAAAUAAGAUAUAAAGUUGCUUGCUAUUUGGACUGCUUGUUUUCCAAACAUUAGGCUGAAAUGUUUGUGCUUGUUAAGAGUUUGCAAGAGAUAUAUCUAAAUCCCAGUGAUUGCUUCGCUUUUUUUUCUGUUUGGUUGUUAUAUGCCUUCUCAUUUCAAAUGUCUGCAUCAUCUUCUAUUGAAUUGAGAAAAUUUAACUGAUCUGAACUGACUGAUCCAAUA